AUGGGAAAGUUACAAAGCUAUGUUGCAGUACUUGCUGUGGCAUUUGUAUUAGUGAUAGGAGCAGCAGAAUGCAGAAAAAUUAAAGAAAAUGAGUUAGUUGACGGUUUUGGAAGCGGCUUAGGUGGAAUUGGAGGUGGACAUGGUGGUGGAUUUGGGGCAGGAAUUGGUGGUGGCGGUGGUGCUGGUGGCGGAUUUGGAGGUGGAAAAGGUGGUGGUCUAGGAGGAGGAUUCGGAGGUGGGCACGGUGGUGGCGGAGGAGCAGGAGGAGGCAUUGGAGGAGGUGCUGGAGGUGGUUUUGGAGGUGGCAAAGGCGGCGGUGUCGGAGGAGGAGUUGGUGGUGGAGGAGGGGCAGGAGGAGGCAUUGGAGGAGGUGCAGGUGGAGGUGCAGGUGGUGGUUUUGGAGGUGGAAAAGGUGGUGGCGUUGGUGGUGGGGGAGGAGCAGGAGGAGGCAUUGGAGGAGGUGCAGGUGGAGGUGCUGGUGGUGGUUUUGGAGGUGGAAAAGGUGGAGGCGUGGGAGGAGGAGUUGGUGGUGGAGGAGGGGCAGGAGGAGGCGUUGGAGGUGGGGCAGGUGGAGGAGCUGGCGGUGGACUAGGAGGAGGGGCAGGCGGAGGAGUUGGAGGUGGGGCAGGUGGAGGAGCUGGAGGUGGUGUAGGAGGAGGGGCAGGCGGAGGAGCUGGAGGUGGUGUAGGAGGAGGGGCAGGCGGAGGAAUUGGAGGUGGAAAAGGUGGAGGCGUGGGAGGAGGAGUUGGUGGUGGAGGAGGGGCAGGAGGAGGCGUUGGAGGUGGGGCAGGUGGAGGAGCUGGCGGUGGACUAGGAGGAGGGGCAGGCGGAGGAGUUGGAGGUGGGGCAGGUGGAGGAGCUGGAGGUGGUGUAGGAGGAGGGGCAGGCGGAGGAGCUGGAGGUGGUGUAGGAGGAGGGGCAGGCGGAGGAAUUGGAGGUGGUGCAGGUGGAGGGGCAGGCGGAGGAAUUGGAGGUGGUGCAGGUGGAGGAGCUGGAGGUGGUGUAGGAGGAGGGGCAGGCGGAGGAGCUGGUGGUGGUGUAGGAGGAGGAGCAGGCGGAGGAAUUGGAGGUGGUGCAGGUGGAGGAGCUGGAGGUGGUGCAGGUGGAGGUGCUGGUGGUGGUUUUGGAGGUGGAAAAGGUGGUGGUUUUGGAGGAGGAGUUGGUGGAGGUGCCGGUGGAGGCGCUGGUGGAGGUGCCGGUGGAGGCUUUGGUGGUGGGCAUGGUGGUGGAGUAGGGGGAGGAAUUGGUGCCGGAGGAGGCGCCGGAGGAGGCUUUGGAGGGGGUUCUGGCGGUGGCAUUGGAGGCGGUGCAGGUGGUGGCGGUGGGGCCGGUGGAGGCGGUGGCUUCGGUAGUGAUGGUCGGGGUUUUUGA